CACAGAGUACUUUAAUAGAUACCUAUCAAUAGAUAUAGGAAAGAGCAUACUUAUAUACUCUUUGGAAGAGUAUUGUUUGUGUAGUUUAUUUUGUGAAUAGUUAUUUAAUUAUAUUUUAUAUUGUCCUGAAAAAUCAUCUGAUCAUUUACAAUGGGUAUUAAAGAAGCUGCUAUAUACUUAGAUAAUCAAUAUAAUACGUACUAUGCGGGUCAAACUGUAAAUGGAAGGAUAGAAUAUAUUUUUGACAGUCCAAAAAAAGUUCGAGGAAUACACGUUAAGUUUAAGGGCGAGGCUCAUACUGAAUGGAGAGAAAGUAAACAAGAAGAAGAUGCAGAAGGAAAAACUCAAUCCACUGAUACUCUCCAUACAGGAAAUGAGGAAUAUUUUCAAAUACAAUAUUAUUUACUGGGAAGCAGUUCAGGCAAUGAGAUUGAAAUUCCUGCAGGUAAGCAGGUAUACAAUUUCACGUGUGCUUUACCUCCUGUUUUGCCUUCUUCAUUUGAGGGACAAUAUGGAUAUGUUAGGUAUACUGUGAAAGUCACAUUGGAUAGACCCUGGAAGUUUGAUCAGGAAACUAAAAUGGCUUUUACUGUAAUCAAUGCAUUGGAUUUAAAUCUUAAUCCAUCAUAUAAAGAACCUAUACGUUUCCAAAUAGAGAAAACUUUUUGUUGUUUCUGUUGUGCAUCACCACCUCUGUCUGUAGACAUUCAAGCUCCUGUGUCUGGAUACUGCCCAGGACAAGUUAUACCAAUCACAAUUGACAUUGAGAAUAAAAGCAAUGUUCAGUUGCACCUUGUUAAGAUUUCCUUAAGAAAAGUCGUGACAUACAGAGCAACAUCUCCAUCUACAGUGACAAAAAAGACGAAAGAUAUAAUUUUAACCGUUCAAGAAGGCCCUGCCCCUGCUGGUACAACAAAACACAGUAAUUUGUCUAUGGAAAUACCUCCAAUACCGCCCUCUAAUUUAGUCAACUGUAAUAUUAUUGAUUUGGAUUAUGAUCUAAAGGUGGAAUGUGUUGUACCAACCACACAUAUUAACAUGAAAGAUCGCAAGUACAUAACUAUUGGUACUGUUCCAUUGUUGGGCAUGGUUGGUCAAGCUGUACCAACCCCAUCAGCACCCAUAAUGCCUACCGAUGGACAGUCUUCCCCGAGCCAACCCGCAGUGUUGCCUGUGGCUCCAGGUCAACCUGCACAGCCUGGAAACAUUGGCGGAGACGCGUCGCCGGGAGGGUGGGUGUUGCCCGGGGCCCCGGCACAGCCUCCCUUCCAGUCGCUGUACCCGACACUUACGGAACCAGUUUACAAAGUAUCUCCGUAUCAAGCGCGUACGAUUCAAGAUCGCGGUGAAAGCAAUAAUAUGGCUAUAACAGGACCAGUUACCUUUGCCCCAUAUUACCCUACGUAUGCAGCUGUACAACCCCCGCCAUUGCCACAAUGAAAUAUUUAAAAUAAUUAUGGGAUACAAAAAUUCAAUUUUUAAUUUUUUUGUUUUUACAUUAUAUUCUACUGACAAAUAUAAUCGAAGAUAGAUGUAAAAUUAAUUACUAAAAAAGUGAUUAUACAUAUGUAAUGCAUUAUAAAAAAUAUAAUAUAAUAAAAAUAAUUAAUAAGACAAAGGAGAAAAGCAAUUUGUUCAUGUAUCUAUGGUAUUAAUUUUUCCGUCCUAAGAUCAGAACACAAUUUUUAAGUGUAUCUAACGAAUAAAACGAACUAACAAUAUAUGUCUGAUAUAUAUGAUAUAUGAAUAAUAGCAUUGAUAACAAACAAAAAGAACAGAAAUUCAUAUGAGUAAAUACAAUGUUUAAAACGAAUUUUUAAUGGUAAGAGAAUAUAAUCAUUAUCUUAUUAACGUCAGUUUACAAUAAAUAAAUUACUGUUUCUUU